AUGUCCGGACGCAACGCGCCGCGCUCAAAGAAUGGCUGCAGUACCUGCCGUCGACGCAAGGUGAAAUGCGGCGAAGAGCGCCCAAUCUGCAACCGCUGUUUGAAUCUCCGCCUGAGUUGUGAAUGGGGAGUGCCGGUGAAGCGCGGCCGCGGCGCGCAUGUCCGACAUCUCCAGCCGGCCCCCAGUGGUGCGGACCAGCUUCUCUGGCCCGCGCCUGAUGGGGUCGAUGUCCUGGACAUCCCAGAUGCGCUACUCGCUGGCCUCUCCCCGGUCUCCUGGCUGGGUGACACGGUGCUUCUCGAGCCUCCCCAGGUCGCUCCUUUCUACCCGCCCGUCGCCCCGGCCCGAAUCUCGACCCCCCUCUACCCAUCGUUGAGCACCGACGAGAUUGUCUGCGCAAACUCCCUCACGCUUACAGAGCAUGAUCGAAAGUAUUUUCAGUACUUUCCCUCCUCGUCUAUCAUAUAUUAUUAUAUGAAAGGAUGGAAUUGGAGUAGCUUCUGCUACCUCUAUCAAGGCCCCGCCGCCACCAACAAGGUGAUCAUGCGGAUGAUUCUGGCUCUGUCUGCCAGUGACAUGCAUCGGUCCGGGCUGGUGGUGCAGUCUCCAGGUCGGCCCACGGCCGAGAACCACGGAAGAUAUCACUACAAUCUCGCGGUGAAGGAGUUUCGGCAGCUUCUAGAGACCCCCCGGCGGCACGUCUCGCUAGAAGAGCUCGAGAUCAUCUUUGCCACUAUGUUUCUCAUGGUCACCUACGAGUGGCAGUUCGGCCAUUCGGUACGUCAUCUCCAGCUUCAUCUGCACGGAGUACGGUCGCUUCUGGAGUCACAUCCGCAGCUCUUCCGACUCAAAGAUGUCAACGAUGUGUUUCUGUCCCCCGAGAGGGCCGACGACAAUGCAUCCCCGGCGGAUGGAGCUGUAACGAAAGUCUCCUUCAUUCCGGAGCAGUUCCUUCUAUGGAUAUUAUACAUCGACGCCAGUUGCCAGCCAAUGGGCCUGACAGAGUCCUUGAAUGACUAUGUCAUGCAGUCGAAGAAUCCAGCACUGAAUCCAGAUCACUUGCACCAAUGCGCUCGCCUCUGGGGCCGUUGCUUCUGGGGUGAGCAAUAUCCAGAUCAGGAGGUCCUGGAUGACAUCGAAAAUUAUCGAGCACUGGAGCUGUUACAUGCCGGUUUUCGUAUGCGCUAUCGGACUUGGAGGGUUUUGGUGGACUCUGGGGCUGGUACCGAAUCCGGAGAGUCACUUUUCCAAGAUAUUAUCGCUACUCGUGAUAAAUACUCCGAUCUCUUCAUCACUGCGAAGUUUGCUGGCGCCGUCUCGGCUCGACGUACCCUCAACACCAUUUACAUGGCCGUAUGUAUCUUCUAUGCACAGAUUAUUCUCCACCGCCGGCUGCUCUGCGUGGAUAGUUUGCCGUCGGCCAUCCACCGGCAAGCCACGGCCGGUAUCGUGGACAUCGCCCGCAAGCAGUUUGCAUCCGAUCCAAGGCUGCUGCGUCGCUUGCAUUGGCCUCUAUUGAUGGCCGUUAUUGAAACGGAUGACCCCAACCACCAAGCGUGGUGUCGACAACGCCUGUUCGAAUUCCGUGACUUUCAUUCGGAGUACCUGUGGGCCAAUGAGGUGGCCGAUCAGGUUCUGGCCCAGCAGGACGCGAGGCAGGGCCUCUACGUGAAUCUGGCCGACUUGUUGCGUCAGCGAUUCAAAGUACAAUGA